CGCAUGCAAGCUCCUGGUGUUGGCUUGCCGACUCUGCCGUCGCCAAGGCUCCGUUGCGGGUGUCUGACCUCAUCUCAGCAAGACGCCUGACCAUUUAGCUCACCGGACCACCAACAGCACCGUGGCUCGUACUUAACUGCUUCGCCUUGCAUGCAUUCCUCGUCCUUACGGAUACAGCCGCAUAUUGUUCCUCUGCUGCCUGCUACAACAUGGCAACUCCAUCCAAAGACAAUGGCGCACCGCCGACCUAUGAAGACACGGUUUCUUCAGGCCCAGACUUCGGUGGCGCUUCACAUGGUCAACAGAUUAUUGACCAGUUAACGACCGUUCGAGCAAGACAUAUACGAUCUGUUCUGGAUGAGCAUAUCUACCCAAGGCUGAAACAACAAGCCACGUAUGGCAUCGCGAAGACGACGAUCGCUAUGAUGCCUUCUGAUGUUUUAGGAAGCUCAUCGUCUUUAGACAGUCCUAGUAAUGUAUUAGAAAUGAUCGGGUUCCCAUCGGACGAAGUUGUACAGCAAUUGCAGCUUGGGGGUCCUUUGAAUCGAGGAGAGUUUUGGCAGCAGACGGGUGUCAUCGGAGAUCUCGAGAGAGCCUUGCGGGACCGGCUCGCAACUACACCAUUUACCGGAACUAUCGAUAAGCCACAAACGCCUACAAUUCAGCCUGAAAGUCCGCGGGCAACGUCGCAACGGAGGGGCUUUUUUGGGAGAAAGUCUGUGAAACCAGAAACCCUGGUGAGUCAUAGUACAGCAGUGCCGACUGGUACACCAAGCCAGUUGAAAGCACUCGUUAGCUUGGAAGAAGUUUGCUUUAGGACAGUAUCAGAUUUCGGCCUCUUUGAGACUGUCAGUAGACCAGCGAUUGUGAUCCGCGUGAGCAUGGGGCUAUAGUCUCUAGGAUAAUUUAGUGGCAUGUCGGAUGAAUUGUGAGGGAUCGCGAGAGAUAUAGGUAUGCUGUAAUUCGUAAAAAGACAGUUGCUUCCUGAGAUGGCAACAACCCUCCGUAG